AUGUCGUCGGCCUCCCCUUCUAAGGAACCUGAGGUGGACCCUGAAGUUCAAUCGGGUGAAGAGCAAGACCAAAUGGACAAGGAACAGCAAGACGCACAAGGCCAGGGAGAGUUCGAGGUAAAGGAGCAGGAUAGAUGGUUACCCAUUGCAAAUGUGGCUCGUAUCAUGAAGCUGGCCCUUCCCGAUAAUGCAAAGAUCGCAAAGGAGGCCAAGGAAUGCAUGCAGGAGUGCGUGAGUGAGUUUAUCUCAUUCAUCACCAGCGAAGCAUCCGAGAAAUGCCAGCAGGAGAAACGCAAGACCGUCAACGGGGAAGACAUCCUGUUUGCUAUGACCUCCCUUGGCUUUGAAAACUAUGCAGAAGCCCUGAAAAUCUAUUUGUCGAAGUAUCGUGAGACCCAAUCCGCAAGAGGUGAGCAUCAGAACCGGCCAACCAGUAGCGGUUAUGGCGCUGGUGGACCCGUGGGAGGCGUGGGUGCCGCUCCGGGUGGCCGCCCCGGGGCCUUUGGUGACGCCGCCGACAGCGCCAACAGUAUCAUGAACCCGGGUUUGGAUGCCGCCGAGCAAGAAACCGCUGCUUAUGGCUACCCCCCAAUGGUCGGUCAGCCGCACAACGGCACAGGUGGCGACGCCUACUAA